AUGGAUCGAAUCCCGCCGUACGACUACUCCAAGUACGUGUUCGCCGCCCGUGCGGCCGUCGUCACCUGCUCCUCGUUCGAGCUGCUCCUAGUGCUCUUCGGCUCGCUCGAAGACUCGAACAUUCUCGCCAAACUCUUCUACUUCCUCUUCAUCGGAGCCUCCGUCGCCGUCUCCGCCCACAACAUCGCGUUGAACAUCGACGGACGUGAGGAGAUCAGAAAGGUGCUCGGAUCGUCGGAGAACGAAGUCCGUGGACGAUCGGCCGCCCGUGAGUCAACCGUAAUUAUCUACAGUAAUCCGGUCCCUCAUUUGCAGUUGUGCUCGUCCCGGUGCUCUCCGGAAUCUUCGUGUUCCUGUGCAUCUCCGGCCACGCCUUCUUCUCGCUCUUCGUGCUCAUCCACGUGCUCGCCUCUGUCGGACAACUCGGAAUCGAGACCUAUGAAGUGAGCCAUGGAGAGGGAUCCGGACCGAUCAGCGUCACGGCUCCGCCCGCCGCUCCGGCUCCGGUGCCCGUCGCCGAGCAACCGCCCGCGGAAGCCGCUGCUCCGGCCCCGCAAUAGAACCUCUAACCCCUCAACUCUAGUAAUAAAUUUUAAAUUUUUGAUGUAUUUUCCGUAUUAUUUCUAAAAAAAAGAGUUGAGGGGGGAGUGGGAAGGAAGAGUUCCCUCACUCAACACUGCUGUUCGCAGGUGAAGAACUCCGGAGGCUGCCCGGUCGUUCCGCUCGUGCUCCCCGAGUUCAAGAUUCCGUCGAUUGGACAGUCGAACCCGCCGCCGAUCACGCCGCCGUCGGACCGUCGCACUCUGGCGCCCACGCACGACCCCGACUACCAGACGUUGGCCAUCGUCCAGGACACUAUCUUCGAGCAGAAAUAG